CUAUCCCGCGACACCCAUCUGUUGUGAUGGGCAUGAGUUCUGCUGCGGAGGUCGUUGAUGCAGCAUACCAGGAUUAUGAGCCACACUUGAUUCCAGAGGGGGUCCCUAGUAUAGUGGAUGGAGCGGCAGUAGAUGAUUACCUGGACUGGUACACCGGUGUAUCUCACCGGUUCAUCAUCCCGGAUGAGAGUAGGGCCGAUCUCAGUGCUGUGGCUUCUUUGCGUCGGGUCGUUGAUUUGCUAGAGCAGGGACUUGAGGUCGACGACGGUCCCCCUAGAGAUACACGCUCCCGCACUUUAUUAGAGAAGUGCCUCACUGUCAUCAGAGACUUGAGCAGGACCCAGGGCGUCACUUUCGUUGGUGUACGAGGAGGCAGAGGUCGAGGCAGAGGAGGAGGCGGAGGUGGAGGUGGAGAUAGAGGAGGUGGCAGAGGCGGAGGCAGAGGUCGUAGGGGUAGGGUGGGUCGUAGGGGCAGGGGGCAGUGACAUUAUUAUUAUGUGUACUUUUAUCGCACUAUUAGUUUAUACACGCUUUAUUAUCGGUCUGUACUUUUAUCGCAUUAUUAGUUUGGAUUUCAC